AGAAAAGUCAAAACCGGUGCAGACUUUCGUGACGAUGCGCCAAUAAUGUGCCUCAUUAUACCUUUGGCAGUCACAAAGUUAGAAAGAACGGUCUCCGCUAAAUUUCGUUGUCCAAAUUCAGUAAAAUUUGGAGGGAAAUUUGGAUGAUACAUUUGUGUUUUGCAGUCCAGAGUGCGCACUGAUUUUCUUUCCGGAUAGCUGCAGAGGCAUUUCGUAUCUGCAUUUACCUAACCUCAUUUUUUGGCGGUAAUCCAGUUUUCGGAAGUUUAUUAUUUCACAACAAUGGGUCGAGGUAGGCCGAAGCGUGAAAAUGUUGCAAAUGGUGAUAUUCCGCCUGCUAAGGUGGCCAGAGCUUCGUCCACGAAAUUCGAGCUUGCCCUACCAAUAAUACCAACGCUCUGUGGAAAUGUGCUCUCCUGCGGACAGGGAGAAGUUGGACAACUGGGAUUAGGCGAGGAUGUGAUGGAGAAAACCCGCCCGGCACUGAUCGAGGGACUCAAGGAAAUUGUGGACAUUUCCGCGGGCGGUAUGCACAAUUUAUGCUUGACGCGAAAGGGUGAAGUAUACUCAUUCGGUUGUAACGACGAAGGUGCCCUUGGUCGUGCCACUGCCGAUGAAGAAGGUUCCGAAUUCGAGCCGCGCAAAAUUGAUCUGCCAGCAGCAUGUUUAAAGAUUUCGGCCGGAGAUUCGCAUUCGGCCUGUCUAUUGAACGAUGGACGCGUUUACGCUUGGGGUUCGUUCCGGGAUUCACACGGAAAUAUGGGAUUAACGCUGGAGGGGAAUAAACGGCUCCCCAUCGAAGUUAUUCCGGGUACCAAAUCGGUAGACAUUGCUUCCGGAGGAGAUCAUCUAGUCAUUUUGACGGAAAAUGGACACGUUUACACUGUUGGCUGUGCUGAGCAGGGACAGCUGGGACGUAUUUCAACUCGCGCAGCAUCCGGCGAGUCUCGACGAGGUAAAACUGAUUUGCUACAGCCCGGUGUUGUCACACUGAAGGGGAAGAAAGUGUUAGCCGAUGCCAUAUGGGCUUCAACCUAUUGCACGUUCUUCAAGGAUCGUAACACAGCAAAAAUUUUCGCAUUCGGAUUGAAUAACUAUUGUCAGCUUGGGAUUCCCAAUCCCAGUGAGAAUGUGGUGAAACCUGUGUUUGUUCCCGAGCUGACUUCGUUCACGGACAUCAAAUGCGUCACGGGAGGACAACAUCACACCUUGGUGCUUAAGAACGACAACAAAGUAUACGUAAUUGGUCGUAAAGAGUACGGUCGUCUAGGCUUGGGGAAUGUCACGGCAGACGCCAGCACGGUGUCAUUGGUCGAAACACUAGCUGAUAAGAAUAUCGUAGAGAUUUCCUGCGGAGAGAGCACAUCGUUCGCUGUAACUAACAAGGGAGAAGUUUAUGCAUGGGGUAUGGGUUCGAAUCAGCAGUUGGGAACUGGCAGCGAAGACGACGAAUACAAACCCGUGCAAAUAGUGAGUAAGCAAGUACAGGGAAAGAAGGUCCUCAAAGUGUCCAGCGGGGGUCAACACAGCUUAUUCUUGGUUGAAGAAAAACCAUCGGAGGACCCAACGCCUGUUUCAGAAGCAAAACCUGCCAAAGCGCCGGCAAAAACGGGUAAGAAAACAAAUGAUACCGCUGUUGAUAGCACUACUCCGGAUGAAGAAAACGCGGACAAGGAAACGAAGCUUGACGAACCUAAAACAAACGGUACAGCCUCUAAGGGCCAGGCGAAUGGUGACGCGAAGGAAGGUACGAGCAGCAGCAGCACCGCUGAGAAACCCGCGGAAGUGGAGAAAAAACCGGGUGCGAGAGGGCGGAAACGGAAAAUGUAAUGCAUCGAUAGCGGCAUGUUAGGAAUAUUUGUUAGUAUAUUUUUAGGUUAGCUAGUGAAAGGAACAACUACUUAAAAACUAAUGCAUUAGUUUUGUGGAGAGGAAAUUUCUUUUACCGUUCCGUUGUUGCAACUUGUCAAUACAAUACAACUUUCAUGAAACCAUUCAUCGUGUUGAUUAGGUAUUGUCCUUCAUGUUAUUUCGUUCACUGUACUUUACAUAUUACUCGAUCUUAUGUAGUUAUCUUUGUUGACAAUACGUAGUUCAGUAUACUGAGUAUUCAUUUCCUUCCAAGAAAUCUACUUGCUUUACACGGCAAAUGCAAACAGUUGAACUGGCGAGAAAACAAUUGCAUUCAUUUUCUAGAUAAGGUUGAUAACUAAAUUAUUACUAUUACUAUUGAAUUCAAUGUAAAUUAAUUUCAAGAGGAAACAUUCAACAAUAUCAGUUAACUAGAUUUGACUUCAUUGCCUUAA